AAAGUCAGAUAUAUAAGUUACAUAAGAUAAGAAUUGCUCCAAAUCAGGGUUAAAGGUUUAUCAAAAUUUAAACGUGUACAUAUAAAUAAGACACAUAACUACUGUAUCGGUAGUAACGCUGAAAGUUUGUAGUGAAUACAAUUUCAAGCAGAACAAAAGUGAUCAUGGCUUCACAAAAAAUUGUUCGAAAAAUAAUAUCCUCUUCAUUGGCUCCAAUACCUGUUGGUCCAUACAAUCAAGCAGUACUUAUAAAUCGUACUGUGUAUUUAUCUGGAGUUCUUGGUGUUGAUGUGAAAACUCAAAAACUUGUUGAGGGGGGUACAGUUGCUGAAGCUCGCCAAGCUCUAAUAAAUAUGGGACACAUUUUGAAAGAAUCUGGAUCAAGUUAUGAUAAAGUUGUUAAAACAACAAUCCUCUUAAACAGUAUAAAUGAUUUUGCUGGAGUAAAUGAAGUUUACAAAGAAUUUUUCACAGAUAACUAUCCAGCACGAUCCACAUUUCAAGUUGGAAAAUUACCUAUGGGAGCUCAAAUUGAGAUUGAAGCUAUUGCUGUUACUGGGGAUGUAGAAACAAAAUUGUAACGUGAAAGUAUUUCAAUGUUAUGUCAAGUAUAUUUUUUUCUAAGAUCCAAACUAGUACUAUUAUGUUUUAUACUAAAGUAAGUAAAUAUAUGUAGAACGAAGUAGUGACAUAAAUGAUGAAUACAAAAAUAAGUUUCUUUCUUUGUAUGCUACUAAAUAUAUUAUUUUAUAAGCAGUAAAA